AUGAAUUGGAAUGGUAAAUAUAAGAGAAGUGCAUCUCAUCUGUCAAUGCUACUGAACGAUUGUACUGCGGAGAUCUUGGCCUUAACAAGCCCUCUCGAUGUUUGCCGCAUUUCUCAAGUUUCUAAAUCACUUAAAUCUGCUGCUGACUCCGACUCUGUUUGGGAAAGAUUUCUGCCCUCUGAUUAUCAGUCUAUUAUUUCUGCAUCACUGACUCCCGUCCCUGAUUUUGCUUCAAAGAAGGAUCUCUUUGUUUAUCUGUGUCACCAUCCUCUUUUAAUUGAUGCAGGUCGCAAGAGUUUCUCACUGGAAAAACGUACCGGAAAGAAAUGUUACUUUCUAGGUGCAAGGGAUCUUGAUAUUCCAUUGGUUAAUAGACCAUCAUAUUGGAAAUGGACUUCACUGCCAGAGUCCAGGUUUCCAGAGGUGGCUGAGCUCAAACGUGUUUGGUCGGUAGAUAUUGGGGGCACAAUAAGAGCUGGGGUUCUUUCACCGCGGACAUCUUAUGAAGCAUACCUUGUUUACAUGUUUGGAGAUGAAUUUGGAUUUAGUUAUCGACCUUCAGAGGUUUCAGUUGGAGUUUCUGGUGUUAAAUUGGAUAAACGAUUUGCAAUUCUCGUGCCAGAAGAUGAGGAGUCAAUUUAUAACCUGCCCCCUGAUCUAGAGGAUAGGCUCAAGAAAGUGUAUGAACAGGCAGUACGUUCUAAUCUGCCUUCUGAUGCAGAGGACGAUGAUCCAGGGCUACGUGAUGAUAUUUAUUUGGCUUUGCAACAUUUGCCGUUGCAGCUUUUGCCAGAGAAUGUUUCAAAUCGGCUGCAACUUGUUAUGCGACGACCAAAACUUAGAGAUGAUGGCUGGUUUGAGAUAGAAUUGGGUGAGUUUUAUACUGAAAACGAAGAUGAUCGCAUAGAAAUGAAUUUGAAAGAGCUGAAAGAGUGUGCAUCUCUAAAGGCAGGGCUUAUUAUUGAAGGAAUUGAGAUAAGGCCCAGAAUGGAUUGA